AUGGGAACCUCCCCAGGUGAUUACCUCACCGACAGCGGCCCGGCGGCAAGGUGGGACCUCCGACGAGCACGCUCGGACUUGGACGGGUUGGUUGGCUCCCACGACAUGGAGGGAGGCACAGGGCUUGUGAAAGGAUCACGCCGAGUAACACGAGCAACACAUAUUAUGGUACAUCCGCCUGCCGAGUACCUUACGUGGGGGCGUUCAUGUAAAGAGAACUUCCCGGGGUGGAGCCGGGAGACCGAGGGCCCAAAACCAACGGGCCUCUCCGACUGGCUUGCGGCGUCCAACGCCCUUCUCUCGCACAACGCAGUCCUGCAGCUUGCCUCUAUGGGCCCUAUCCGCUAG